UUCAAAGUCGGAUUCGUUUUCGGCUGAGCGGCCGCUGGCUCUGCAGGGGAAGGUCGUCGCUAGGAGCAUGUCGUCGCUUGUUCGGUUUAUAAGGCAGGGAUGGAGAGAGUGGCCAGAGCUGGUGAUCAUGGGCGGCGUGGUCUUAGCUGUGUGCCCUCCGGCACUGUACAGCUCCUACAAACUUCACUGCAGGACAUGGCACUACAGGACCGAAUACACAGUUGUUAGAGAUGAUGACCCGUACGCCCAGGAACUUCGGGAGUCUUUCAAGGACUUCGUGCCCCACACCGUCCCCAAGAAGUGAGCGGCUACGACACUGCCCAGGUCGUCUGCAAAGAAACGGUCGUCGUACGAAGAGUCGCACCACCAUAGUUGAAUAAAGUGUAUGAAUGUUUACAGUGA